UAAUAACGGCGCCAAUACAUCGCCGGCAUAUUCAUUGGCCGAUGCAACGACAGCCAGAUCAUCGGGCUCGACACUCGACAACGUCUCCGUUGCCAUGGGCUACGGUACCGAUUUGCAGUGUUCCGAAGGUCUGGUGAUACCCCUGUGGCAUCCGCUCACCAACGUCAGUAUGGGCGAUCGUGUGGCACGUGGCCUGUUCUAUUUCUUUGUCAUGAUCUACCUGUUUAUCGGCGUUUCAAUUGUAUCCGAUCGCUUUAUGGGAGCAAUUGAAGUAAUCACGUCCAAGGAGAAGGAAGUGGUGAUCAAAAAGAAGAAUGGAGAAAAGCAAAUUGUCGUGGUGCGUGUCUGGAAUGAGACCGUUGCCAAUCUAACCCUGAUGGCCCUGGGUUCCAGUGCUCCCGAGAUUCUACUCUCUGUCAUCGAAAUGUUUGCCAAGAACUUCGAGGCCGGCGAUCUCGGCCCCGGCACCAUUGUCGGUUCGGCUGCCUACAAUCUGUUCGUGAUUAUAGCUUUGUGCGUUCUGGUUGUGCCCGACGGAGAGGUGCGCAAGAUCAAACAUUUGCGUGUGUUCUUCGUGACGGCCACAUGGUCGGUGUUUGCCUACAUUUGGUUGUAUCUGAUUCUGGCUCAGAUAUCUCCUGGUCGUGUUGAAGUAUGGGAGGGUCUGCUGACGUUUAUGUUCUUCCCCGCCACCGUGCUGACCGCCUACAUCGCGGAUCGCCGCCUGCUAAUCUACAAAUAUUUGGACAAGAAUUAUCGCAUGAACAAGCGUGGCGUUAUUGUGAGCGCUGAGGGCGACGCUGCGCUCGAAAUGAACCAGCAAGAGAAUGAGAUCAAAGCUUUGGAAGAGACGGAGGAGAUGAAAGACUUUGAGGAGGCGCGACGUGAGUACAUUUCGUUGCUAAAGGAUCUGCGCAAGAAAUAUCCACAAAGUGAUCUGGAGCAAUUAGAAAUGAUGGCACAGGAGCAAAUGAUUAAUCGCGGUCCCAAGUCGCGGGCCUUCUAUCGCAUUCAGGCCACCCGCAAAAUGAUGGGUAGCGGCAACAUAAUGCGCAAAAUUCAAGAACGGGCCCAAAGUGAUUUGAGCGAAGUUAAGGCUCAGUUGCAACGUGUCGAUGUUCAAUCGGACGAAGAAGAAGCUCCAUUGCGGAUCUUCUUCGAGCCGGGUCACUACACGGUCAUGGAGAGUUGUGGUGAAUUUGAGGUACGUGUCGUCCGUCGCGGCGACAUUUCCGGCUAUACCACGGUCGAAUAUCAGACCGAAGAUGGUAGCGCUGAAGCGGGCAGUGAUUAUGUGGGCAAGAAAGGUGUUCUCACCUUCCCACCGGGCGUCGACGAGCAACGAUUCAAAAUCGAAGUAAUCGAUGACGACGUUUUCGAACAAGAUGAACAUUUCUAUGUACGUCUCAGCAAUCCAUCGGAACCGGCCGUGCUGUCGGUGCCCAAGGUGGCCACCGUCAUGAUUCUCGAUGACGAUCAUGCUGGUAUCUUUGCACUUAGCCAAAAAGAUCAUGAAUUGGUUGAAUCGGUCGGUGCUUACGAAUUGAAAGUGCAACGUUAUUCGGGUGCGCGUGGCAAGGUGAUCAUACCCUAUUGGACGGAGGAUGGUACCGCUAAGGCGGGUAAAGAUUUUGAACCACAACAAGGCGAGCUGGUGUUUGAAAACAAUGAAACAGAGUGA